CUUGAGCUAUUGAAAUAUUUGACAAAAUAAAUGACAGAUACAAUAAACAAUUAAAAUUUAUCACUACUAUUGUUGUGUAAAGAUAUCUAUGUUGCAUUGUUGAAUAUAUUAAGUAAACAUUUGAUUAACGACAUUAGCUGAUCUAUAGGUAUAUAUUUUCUGUGAUAAACAAAAGGUUAUAUACAUAAUGUUUCCUUUGAGAAAUUCUGGCAAGCUAGUGAAGCAACCCGAAGCAAAAAGAAAUAAUUACAAAAAUGUAUCAAGGGAAAACACAGCAGAAAUGCGCCUUGAACAGGCAAAAGAUAAUAUCAGAGUUGACAGUUUAUACGGUUUUGAGCGUCUCACCGAUGUCAGAGAACGUGUCGGUUACCUCAUCAACAUGCACGCUUCUGAAAUAGCCGAGGAAGACAAAAGGAUCAUAAGUGGUAUUGAUUAUUACUUCCUUGAAGAAGACUGCACGAGAUUUAAAGUAACCAUGCCAUACUACCCCUACUUUUACAUAAAAUGUACACAAAACUGUGAAGCCGAGGUAUCAACAUAUUUAUCAAAAAAAUAUACCAGUACACUUGUUAAAGUUGAGUGUGUUAAAAAAGAAGAUCUAGACUUGCCAAAUCAUUUGAUUGGACUCCAACAAAAAUACUUGAAAUUGUCGUUUGCCAAUCAAGCUGACAUGCAAAAGGUACGAAUGGAUAUAAAAAGAGCUGUCAAGUUAAAUCAAGAACGUGCAAAAAGUCGCACACAUUACUCGGAAUUAUUAACAAGUACAUUUCAGACAAAUAAAGAAGAAGCUUCAAUGAAAACCAACGUUGAUCACAUGGAAAAUAUUAUAGACAUUAGAGAAUUUGAUGUCCAACAUCAUGUCAGAGCCUCGAUUGAUCUUAAUAUAUUUGUUGGCACCUGGUACUCUGUCAAGUAUCGUGGUACUGAGCCACCAAGUAUCGUUCGUCGUGAAGAUCUUAUUGAACCAGUUGAGCCAAUUGUUUUGGCUUAUGAUAUUGAAACGACAAAAUUACCCCUUAAAUUUCCGGAUGCUAAUUCCGAUCAAAUUAUGAUGAUAUCUUAUAUGAUUGAUGGUCAGGGUUUUCUCAUAACAAAUCGUGAAAUAAUUUCCCAAGACAUAGAAAGUUUUGAGUAUACACCCAAACCAGAAAUGGAAGGAUUAUUCACAGUAUUCAAUGAGGCUGAUGAAAAAGCAACAAUUCGUAAAUUUUUUGAUCACAUUUUAGAUGUUCGUCCUCAUAUUUUUGUCACAUACAAUGGAGAUUUUUUUGAUUGGCCAUUUGUUGAAACAAGAGCUGCUAUUCAUGGAAUGAACAUGAAAGAAUUAAUUGGUUGGUCAAAGAGUCGCGAAGAUGUAUAUGUUAGUCGCCCCGCAAUUCAUAUGGAUGCCUUGAGCUGGGUCAGAAGAGAUUCGUAUCUUCCCGUUGGAUCUCAAGGUCUUAAAGCUGUAACUAAAGCCAAACUUCGAUAUAAUCCAGUUGAGGUAGAGCCUGAAGAAAUGUGUCGACUUGCUGCUGAAGAUCCAGUUACUCUGGCAAAUUAUUCAGUUUCCGACGCAGUUGCAACUUACUAUUUAUAUCAAAAAUACGUUCAUCCAUUUAUAUUUGCACUUUGUACAAUUAUUCCAAUGGAACCCGAUGAAGUUUUGAGAAAAGGUUCUGGAACACUAUGUGAAACUUUAUUAAUGGUUGAAGCAUUCCGGGCAAAUAUUAUAUUUCCAAAUAAGCAAGAAGCUGAAUUAAAUAAAUUAACAAGUGAUGGACAUUUACUUGAUGCUGAAACUUACGUUGGUGGUCAUGUUGAGGCACUGGAAUCUGGUGUUUUUCGUGCUGACAUACCGUAUCGUUUUAAGCUUGAUACAACGGCACUUGAUGAACUCAUUGAGAGUGUACCUAAAACUUUAAGACACACGAUACAAGAAGAAGAAAAAUUAGAUCUCAAUUUGGUGACAAAUUUUGAUGAAAUUGUUGAUGCAAUUAAACAAAAAUUGGGUGAGUUAAAGGCUGAACCAUUACGACUAGAACAACCGAGAAUUUAUCAUCUUGAUGUUGGUGCUAUGUAUCCUAAUAUCAUUUUAACAAACCGACUUCAGCCGUCGGCGAUGGUUGACGAGACAGUUUGUGCUGCAUGUGACUUCAACACAAGUAAUGCAAAAUGCAAGAGAACCAUGUCCUGGCAAUGGCGUGGUGAUUAUUUAUCAGCAAGUCUUGGUGAAUAUCAGAGAGUUCAACAGCAGCUUGAAACUGAAAAAUUUCCUCCUCAAUUUCCCGGUGGACCACGACGUGCAUUUCACACACUCUCAAAACAGGAACAGGCAGAUUUUCAAAAAAAACGCCUCACAGAUUAUUGCAAAAAAGCUUAUAAAAAAACAAAAGUCCAGAGAAUUGAGGAACGUCAACAAACAAUAUGUCAAAAAGAAAAUUCAUUUUAUGUUGAUACGGUCAGGGCAUUCAGGGAUCGUCGAUAUGAGUACAAAGGAUUAACCAAAGUUGCCAAGCAACAGGUUGCUGCUGCAACAGCAAAAAACGAUGCAAGUGAAAUAAAAUCAGCUAAAAAUCGUGAAGUUUUAUAUGAUUCACUUCAGCUUGCUCACAAGUGUAUUUUAAAUUCAUUUUAUGGCUACGUAAUGAGACGAGGAUCACGUUGGUUCAGUAUGGAAAUGGGUGGAAUUGUUUGUCUUACUGGAGCCCAUAUUAUCAUGAAAGCUCGUGAAAUUGUUGAAAAAAUUGGUCGACCACUUGAACUUGAUACAGAUGGAAUUUGGUGUAUUUUACCUGCAUCAUUUCCUGAUAAUUAUGUCAUUACUACAAAUCAUAAAAAAAAAACAAAAGUAACAAUAUCAUAUCCAAAUGCGGUUUUAAAUUUUAUGGUUAAAGAUCAAUUUACAAAUUCACAAUAUCAUGAACUAGUUGAUCCCAUUGAAGGAACAUAUGAAAUACGACAGGAAAAUUCAAUUUUUUUUGAAGUUGAUGGACCAUAUCUUGGUAUGGUAUUGCCAUCAUCUAAAGAGGAAGGUAAAAGAUUGAAAAAACGCUAUGCUGUUUUUAAUUUUGAUGGAACUCUUGCUGAGCUGAAAGGAUUUGAAGUAAAACGACGUGGUGAAUUGCAGUUAAUUAAAAUUUUUCAAUCUUCUGUAUUUGAUUCAUUUUUAAAAGGUAAAACACUUGAAGAGUGUUAUCAGUCUGUUGCCAAAGUUGCUGAUUACUGGCUGGAUGUAUUAUACAGCAAGGGUACUGAUAUACCAGAUGCUGAACUUUUUGAGCUUAUCUCAGAAAACAAAUCAAUGUCAAAAAAAUUGGAAGACUAUGGAUCUCAAAAAUCAACGUCAAUAUCAACAGCCAAGAGACUCGCUGAAUUUCUUGGUGGACAAAUGCUUAAAGAUGCUGGUUUGGCAUGUAAAUUUAUCAUAUCGAAAAAACCAUAUGGUGCACCUGUUGCUGAGCGUGCAAUUCCUCUUGCAAUAUUCCAAUCUGACAACAAUGUCAAAGGGCAUUAUCUACGAAAAUGGCUUAAAGAACCUGGUUUAGAAAAUUUUGAUAUAAGAGAAGUACUUGAUUGGAAUUAUUAUAUCGAGCGACUUAGUAGUACAAUUCAAAAAAUCAUUACAAUACCAGCAGCAAUGCAGGGUGUUGCAAAUCCAGUUCCAAGAGUCAAGCAUCCAGACUGGUUGCACAAGCGCCUUUUAGAAAAAAAUAAUACUAAUAAGCAGCGUAAAAUAACAGAUUUAUUUAGCUUUGAACCAAGACAAGUUGAAGAAACUAAUGAAAAUGAUCAACACCAAGAUAUUCAAGACAUUGAAGACUCUGCUGGUGGCUCAUCAACUGUAAAUCGACCAAUUCCAGUUGUGACAAAACGUAAACGUGUAUCUCAAGAGGAGGAUAGUGAUUUGAGCAAAAGUUGGAAAGAAGUAUUGGGCUCUCCACCAUCACAGGGGUCUACACGAGCAGAGCAAACAGCUUGGUUAGAAUUUCACAAAAAAAAAUGGGCAUUUCAGGCUCAACAAAGAAGUCAAAGACUCCGUAAGCGAGCUAAAAUGGUACAAAAUGACAUGGAAAUUCCUAGGGGUCUUAUUAGACACUCUGAACCAUCAACUAUUACUGGAUUUUUUCGACGAAAUCAAAGAAAAUUAUUGGAAUCACCAUGGCAAAUAAUACAAAUAUCCGAAACAUCUGAACCAGGUAUGUUUCGUCUCUGGGUACUUAUUGAUAAUGAAUUAAAUCAAAUUCGUUUAAUUGUUCCGAGGAUAUUUUAUUUAAAUACAAAAAAAGAAAGAGAUGCCCCAAAAGCCAAUGAACUCUGGUCUAAGUGUUCAAAAAUUUUGCCAAGGUCUCGAACUGUUUAUCAUCUUUAUCAGUACACUGUCCCAGAGGAACUUUAUUUAAAACACAGUGAAAAUUUAAUGGAAGAUGUUACCAACCCAGAGAACGAGGGAAUUUAUGAAACACAAAUGCCUCUUAUGUUUCGAGCAAUUUUAAAUCUUGGUUGUGUUUGUACUGUUGAUCCUCGAACAGCAAAAACAAUGGCUGAUGGUUCAGAUACAUUUCAUUUACAUCAACUUGUUAUCAAAGAGACAAAUAGUAUCUAUCUCAGAGAUAGAAAUUCAUUUAAAUAUAUUUAUUUGUAUCAUCAUUGGUCAGCUAACAAGCAAAGAAGUAUGUUUGGAUUAUUUUUGGGUCCAAGCAAAAGAGCUCAUAUUUAUGUGGUCGAUUCUGUUAGAACAAAUCAAAUGCCAAAUAUGUCAACACUGUAUAAUACAGAAAAAUCAUUAAUUAGAAAUGAAAAUCCAGAUAUUGAUAUUAUUGAUGAAUUGCAUUUUGAAGUUCGAGUUGAAACAAGUCAACAAUCGGUUAACAAACAUCUACAAACAGCAUUGAAGUCUUAUAAAAAUGAAAUGAAAGGUGCAACUUUUGUCUUGCUUCAAUCAUCAAUGGAAAUGACAAAUUUAUUGACUGAAAUACCUGGUCUUGCUGACUAUCCUGUGAUAAAUACAAACAUACAAGAGCCAGAUAAAUUAUUUAGUACACUGGAAUGGCAAAAAACUGGAGCAAAAUCAAUGAUUAAACAUUUUUUAAAAAUUAAUGAUAUAUUAAAUUUAAAAAUUGAACAAUCAAAAUUUUUUUCAUCACCAAUUGGCAAUAUACCAGCUGAUUCAACAUUAUUUUCAGCUGAUCUUUUUUAUGCAAGAAAUUUACAAAGUCAUAAUUUUGUUACUUGGUGUUCACAAACUGAGAGACCAGAUCUUGGUGGCAGUGAAGAUGACGAUAACAGAUUACUAACAGAAUUUGAAGAAGCAUCUGGAUGUGUCACCAAUAAAUCCGGUGCCUAUUCGAAUGUUUGCAUUGAGUUGGAAAUUGAAAGUUUAGCAAUAACAGCUCUUUUACAAUCGCAAAAAGUUAAUAAUAUUGAUGGAACUAGUAAUUUUGUUGCUUAUCAUAAUCAACCACAGGCUAGUCUCCAAGACAUUGCAACUGGUGAAGGUAAUAUUGCUUUGCCAUCUUAUGAUGAAACGGCUUUAUGCUCCAAGGCAUUUGGCGUAUUGAAACAAACAGUUAGCCAAUGGCUCCAAGCCGUUGUUAAGUACAAAAAUGUAUUUGCUGAUGAACAACUUAUUCAUUUUUAUCGAUGGCUCAGAUCACCAAAUUCAUUGCUCUAUGAUCCUGCACUUCGUCGUACUCUUCAUAGUUACAUGAAAAAAUUAUUUGUCCAAUUAAUUGCUGAAUUCAAAAGACUUGGAUCUAUCAUUGUAUUUUCUGAUUUUAAUAGAAUACUUAUUUGUACAAAAAAAAGAAAAAUAAAUGAAGCACUUGAAUAUACGAAAUUUGUGUUAAAGACAAUAUGUGAUAAAGAACUUUUACAUGGUAUUGGAAUAUCAUUGUUAAAAUCAUGGGAAUUUUUAUUGUGGUUGGAUCAGUCAAAUUUUGCUGGUGUUAUAGGUCAAGUUGAGCAAAUGAGCCAAGAAACAAGUGAUCAAGAUCAAGAUGAAGAUGAUGAAGUACCAGUUACAAUGAAUUGGAAUUUAGCUGAAAUAUUAUCAAAAAAUCCAUCGUGUUAUAAUCAUUUUGAAAAAGUUAUUGGUGGUUAUAUCGAGGCAAUUAAAGAAGUUAUGAAUGACAUUGAUCCAGUCUUUGGUACACCUAAACCAAAAAGACGAAGACAGAGUUUUUUAUCACAAAAAAUUGGAUCUCAAAAUGGUCUUGGAUCACUUGAAAACACUGCUGAGUAUGUUAAAAAUUUAAUAUCUGGUGAACUUACCCUAAAAUUAUUAAAAAUUGUCGAAAGAAUUCACAAAAAAAAUCCAGAAACUUUGUUGACAAUUGAAGAAUGUCCAAACUUAAAUUUUUCUGGUGCGGACAGCAUGAAAAUUGUACCAGCAUUAGAGUUUAUCAAGUCAAUAUGUAAAGUAUUUUCCUUGGACAAAGAAGUUGAAAACGAGGUUUAUGAGUUAAAAAAAAAUCUUCUGAGAAUCAUAAAUAUUGGUUGUUUUAGUUCAACAUGUGAAUGGAAAGAUCCAUGUAUAUCUUUUAUUAUUCCUGAAGUUAUCUGUAAAGCAUGUAAUCAUACACGUGAUGUUGAUCUUUGCAAAGAUAUUAAUCAAACGAUCAUUGGAGGAAUUCACAUUUGGUUUUGUCCUGGUUGUGAAACAAGUUACGAUAAUAAUGAAAUUGAAAUGUUACUAAUUGACAUGUUAAACAGAAAAAGCAUGGCUUAUUUAUUACAAGAUUUAAGAUGUAAAAAAUGUGGUGAAGUUAAACGAGAAAAUAUAAUGAGUAAUUGUACUUGUGCUGGUGAAUUUAAACUUACAAUGUCUAAAGAUGACAUGUUAAAAACUAUCAAAAUAUUGAGAGCGAUAUCAAAAAAAUGCCAGAUGAAUCGUCUUGCUGAUCUUAUUAAAUGUACCAUGCUAUGAUUGUUAUGUAUUUAUUUUUUUAUAUGUAAAUAAAAUGCUUUUGCUCAAAUUGUAAGAUUUAAAUUAUUUUUCCAUACUGUUUAUUCUUCGAUGAUAAUGCUACAAUUAUUGAUUUUUUUUUU